AUUCAAAUAAGAAGAUAUUUAAAGACGCCGGCGCCAGGCGAAGAUCCCUGCCCUGCGCCGCCCGGCCCCCUUCACGGAGUUCAUCACUCCUAGCGGAAGCACCUCCAGCAUGUCUGAAAAACUGCCCUACAAAGUCGCGGACAUUGGACUGGCUGCCUGGGGACGGAAGGCCCUGGACAUAGCUGAGAAUGAGAUGCCAGGCUUGAUGCGCAUGCGGGAGAUGUACUCAGCCUCCAAGCCACUGAAGGGUGCUCGCAUUGCUGGCUGCCUGCACAUGACUGUGGAGACUGCUGUCCUCAUCGAGACUCUCGUGGCCCUGGGUGCUGAGGUGCGGUGGUCCAGCUGCAACAUCUUCUCUACUCAGGACCAUGCAGCAGCUGCCAUUGCUAAGGCUGGCAUUCCAGUGUUUGCGUGGAAGGGCGAGACAGAUGAGGAGUACCUGUGGUGCAUUGAGCAGACACUGCACUUCAAGGAUGGACCCCUCAACAUGAUUCUGGAUGAUGGUGGUGACCUUACUAACCUCAUCCACACCAAAUACCCACAGCUUCUGUCAGGCAUCCGAGGUAUCUCUGAGGAGACCACAACUGGGGUCCACAACCUCUACAAGAUGAUGGCCAAUGGGAUACUGAAGGUGCCUGCCAUCAAUGUCAAUGAUUCUGUCACCAAGAGCAAAUUUGACAACCUCUAUGGCUGCCGGGAGUCCCUCAUAGAUGGCAUCAAACGGGCCACAGAUGUGAUGAUUGCGGGCAAGGUGGCAGUGGUAGCAGGCUAUGGUGAUGUGGGCAAGGGCUGUGCCCAGGCCCUGCGGGGUUUCGGGGCCCGAGUCAUCAUCACCGAGAUUGACCCCAUCAAUGCAUUGCAAGCUUCCAUGGAGGGCUAUGAGGUAACCACCAUGGAUGAGGCCUGUAAGGAGGGUAACAUCUUUGUCACCACCACAGGCUGUGUUGAUAUCAUCCUUGGCCGGCACUUUGAACAGAUGAAGGAUGAUGCCAUUGUUUGUAACAUUGGACACUUCGAUGUGGAGAUUGAUGUGAAGUGGCUCAAUGAGAACGCCGUGGAGAAGGUGAACAUCAAGCCCCAGGUAGACCGCUACUGGCUAAAGAAUGGGCGCCGCAUCAUUUUGCUGGCUGAAGGCCGUCUGGUCAACCUGGGUUGUGCCAUGGGCCAUCCCAGCUUUGUGAUGAGCAACUCCUUCACAAACCAGGUGAUGGCACAGAUUGAGCUGUGGACCCACCCAGAUAAAUACCCCGUUGGGGUUCACUUCCUGCCUAAGAAGCUGGAUGAGGCAGUGGCUGAAGCCCACCUGGGCAAGCUGAAUGUGAAGCUGACCAAGCUGACUGAGAAGCAGGCCCAGUACCUGGGCAUGCCCAUUAACGGCCCCUUCAAGCCUGAUCACUACCGCUACUGAGUGCUGGGACUGUCCUUCACCUUCCAGCUGCCAUCCUUGUUCCCAAGAGCAUAUGUCACCGAUUUCGCAGUUGCUUGGCCAGUGUUCCCCCCCAAGCCCCUCACCCUCACCCCCACUGGGGCUGGUCACUCUGUCUUUGACCUCUGCUGUAUCCCUCAUACUGUUCCAGGUGUGACGGGGGAAUGGAGAGGAACCUGGGAGGCAUCCACAGGGGUCGGGAACUUAGAAGUCUUGGAAGUCCUGAUGUUGCGAGUGAUGGUCACAAGCCCAUGAACCUUAUCAUCAGAUCUUUACUUGGUCUUUAGAUCUGUAUGCUUGGUUUACAGAUCCACUGCUUUCUCAGCCCAGGACCCCAGAAGGAGCUCUACCAAAGGGUAGGAACUCCUAGAGUUUGAAGGUUCCUGAGAGCUUGGCUUUUUUACUGUUGGGCUGUCUCUUAAAACCUCAUAAUACUGAAUUGGUACUUUUUUGGUCCCUAUUUCACAAGGGUUAGGAUAGAUUAACCAAGAAAGGACAAGUGGCAGAGCCUGAAAGGGGCUGGGAAAACCAAUAGGAAAAGCCCUGUCACUACUGUAUAAUUGGUUCCUAUCACAGGCCUGGGGCACAAACAGAUUUAUUUGUUUUAUAAUGUUUAUUUACUAUUUAGAAUGUUAACAAAGGAAGGUGGAUAAAAUACAGUUUCUAGUGCCUAAAGAAUUUUGGCCUUUUAUUAAAAUGUAAGUGUGUGGUA